AUGGCCAAGAGAGGAGCCGGAGCCUUGGCCGAGCUGCGUGCUCUGAGAGCCGCAGGCAAGACUCGCCUUGACAGCUACCAGGUCGAGGAGGAAAAGCAGUUAUAUGAGGAAGUCGACGAGGAGGGCUACAAGAAGGUCGUUCGCAGCCGUCUCGAUCAGGACGACUUUGUCGUCGACGACAAUGGCGAGGGUUAUGCCGACGACGGCAGAGAAGAUUGGGACACCGAGCGCCUACCCCAAUACGACAGUGAGAGCGAGGAAGAACGGCCGCUGAGAGGCAAAGCCGCUAAGAGAAAGCGGGAGGAGGACCGCGAGAGACAAGAGAAGGCCAAGAAUGGGAUCAACAAGUACUUCAGCGCACACGCUGCUACCACUGCUCCUAAACCCAAGCCCGUGAAGACAGCCGAGGACGACGCUUUCAUGGCAGAUCUUUUGGGCGAAGUCGAUACCAACGUACCCACCCGUCCUCGUUUGAAGACUGUCAAGUCUGAAACCCGACGAAAGACUCGCGUCCUCUCUCCGCCUAUCGAAGAACGCAGGCCCCAGCCCCGCGAACCCCAGACGGAAGAUUACAGUGUCAUGGCCGAUACCCCGCCCGCUGCUAGUGCCUUAGACGAAGACAACUACAUUCCUCCUGCAGAAGAUGACGCGAUGAUGAGCGACCCACCGCUUCCCUCUUCUCCGGUGACAAAGGCUGUCGAGCGGAAGUUCUCCAUGGUCAACGUAAAGGCAGAGGAUGAGGACGAUGAUCUCAUGGAGGUCGAGCAGGCUGUUCGCCAUGCUGGCAUUCGUACCGCAGGUGUCAACAUGGCCGGCAGCAGGCCUGCGCCGAAGAUCAAGAAGCAGGACUCAUAUCCCACACCGGCUGGCUCAUCACCACCACGGCCAUCGCAAGAUACUGCAAUUAACCCCGCUGCUUGGAACGAUAUACUCCAAAAUCAGAACAUUCAGAGCAGCCCUGCCGUUGAAAAUUCAUACACCGCGGGAAAACUCAAGUCUGAAAACGCUCUUGAAGACGAUGGUAGUCUAAGGUUCUUCUGGCUUGACUACACCGAGAUCAACGGUAAUCUUUUCCUUUUUGGAAAGGUCAAGGACAAAUCCACCGGGAAUUUUGUCAGUGCAUUUGCAAAGAUCGACAACAUCCUACGCAAACUGUACUUUCUACCCCGCGAAUACCGCCAGAAGCGAGGCCGGGAUACGGACGAAGAGGUGGGCAUGGGCGACGUCUACCAGGAGGUGGACGGACUGAUGUCUAGAUUCCAAGUGAACAUGCACAAGAUUAAGCCAUGUACUCGAAAAUAUGCUUUCGAGCUUCCAGGCAUUCCGAAGGAGGCAGAAUACCUCAAACUUCUUUAUCCCUACACCAAGUCGCCGAUUCCGACGGACUACAAGGGAGAGACUUUCUCUCACGUGUUCGGGACCAACACGUCUAUUUUCGAGCAGUUUGUGCUAUGGAAGAACAUCAUGGGCCCAUGCUGGCUGAAGAUUGAGGGCGCCAACUUCAACGCAGUCAACAACGCCUCAUGGUGUAAGCUUGAGUUCCAAGUCGAGAAGCCGAAUGGCAUCAGUACCCUGGGAGACACGGACAACCUCGAAGCCCCUCCGCUUACGCUGAUGAGCAUUGCGCUGAGGACCACUUUCAAUGUCAAGGACAACAAACAGGAAAUCCUCAUGGCCAGCGCCAGAGUCUACGAGAACGUUGCAUUGACGGACACUACCCCAGCCGAAAAGCUUCCCUGCAAGACGUUCACCGUCAUGCGUCCCAACGGCGACUCCUACCCCACUGGGUUCAAGUACGAGGCUGAGAAACAUGCCGGCACCAUCAAAAUGGAAAGGAAUGAGCAAGGUCUUCUCAGCAUGUUUAUGGCAAUCCUUGGCAAAAUGGACCCCGACGUUAUCAUGGGCCACCGUCUGGAGGAUGUCGAUUACAGUGUUCUUCUCAACCGCUUGCGUGAGAAGAAGACUCCCGGCUGGCACAGGAUCGGCCGCCUGAGGAGAAGCGACUGGCCCAAGAACCUUGGCCGGGGCAGUGGCAGUUUCUUUGCUGAGAGGCAGAUUGCCGCUGGUCGCCUCCUCUGCGAUCUGGCAAAUGAUCUCGGCAAGUCAUUGAUGACCAAGUGUCAGUCUUGGAGCUUGAACGAGAUGUGCGAGCUGGUCCUCGGGGAAGGCAAGUCCCGCCAGGACAUAGACAGCGAGACGGCACUGAAGACCUGGGCAACCAAGCCCGAGGGCCUGAUGAACUACCUCAAGCACUGCGAAGCCGACACCUUCUUCAUCGCAGCCAUUGCAUUAAAGGUUCAAAUGCUUCCUUUGACCAAGGUCCUCACCAAUCUUGCGGGCAACUCUUGGGGACGCACCCUUGGCGGUACUAGAGCCGAGCGAAACGAGUACAUUCUACUCCACGAAUUCUACCGCAACAAGUACAUCUGCCCUGACAAGGUCUUCGGCAAAGGCAACAAGAAGCUGAGCGAGGAGCCCGCGGAAGGAGAGGAGGGAGCUGAUGCCAAGAAGAAGGAUAAGUACAAGGGCGGUCUCGUCUUCGAGCCCGAGAAGGGUCUCUACGACCGCUUCAUUCUUGUCAUGGACUUCAACUCUCUGUACCCCAGCAUCAUCCAGGAGUUCAACAUCUGUUUCACCACUGUGGAACGGUCCGAUCUCAGCGAGGACGACGAGAAGGUUCCUGAGGUCCCAGACGCAUCGCAAAGUCAAGGCAUCCUUCCAAGGCUCAUUGCCACGCUUGUAAAUCGGAGAAGGGAGGUCAAGAAGCUGAUGAAGGCUCCCACGGCGUCUCGAGACGAACUCGCGACCUGGGACAUCAAGCAGAUGGCUUUGAAGCUCACUGCUAACUCCAUGUACGGGUGUCUUGGAUACACCAAGUCGCGGUUCUAUGCCCGUCCUCUUGCUAUGCUUACGACCUACAAGGGUCGUGAGAUUCUGCGCAGGACCAAGGAUCUGGCUGAGAGCAAGAUGCUUCGCGUCAUCUAUGGUGAUACCGACUCCGUCAUGAUCAACACCAACAUGGACAAUAUGCAAGACGCGUUCAAGGUCGGAAACGAGUUCAAGCGGGACGUCAACGACAGCUACAAGCUUCUUGAGAUCGACAUUGACAAUGUUUUCCGUCGUCUGCUGCUUCACGCCAAAAAGAAGUAUGCUGCUAUCAACAUGAUCGAAGUAGAUGGCAAGUGGACGGAGAAGCUCGAGGUCAAGGGUCUUGACAUGAGGCGCAGAGAGUACUGUGCUUUGUCAAAAGAGACGUCCUCGAAGCUUCUCAACUUCUUGCUUUCCGGGGAAGAUCCGGAAACCGUCGUCGAGAAGAUCCAUGAGUACCUUCGGGAGCUGGCGGGGAAGAUGCGCGACUUCAAGAUUCCCGCUCAGAAAUACACCAUCUUUACCCAACUCGGGAAAGACCCCAAGGAAUACCCCAACGCCAACAGUAUGCCCUCUGUCCAGGUCGCGCUCCGCCUUAUGGCAAAGGGCAAACACGUCAAAGCCAAGGAUGUCAUGUCCUUUGUCAUUACUGGCGAGAGCGGUGGAUCGGCUGAGACUGCUGCAAAGAACGCCUACACCCUUGAUGAUGUCCUGAGGGCUGAUUCUGGCCUUAAGCCCGACAUUGACUACUAUCUCCACAAGCAAAUCCUGCCCCCUGUUGAGCGUCUCUGUGCCCCCAUCGCAGGCACCAACGUAACGCGUCUUGCGGAGUGCCUAGGCCUUGACACGUCCAAGUACCGGGUCAGCACUGCAUCUGCCAACUCGCAGGAUGUCGAGAUCCACCCUCUGGAAACGCAAAUACCAGACGAGGUGCGCUUCAGGGACUCGCUGCCUCUUGCCCUUCGCUGCCCGUCCUGCAAGCACCAUUCGACGUUCCGCGGGCUUGCAAAGACGCCUGAGACGGUCUCACAUCAAGGUCUGGUCUGCACCAACACGUCUUGCGGCCGUCAAAUCUCGACGCUUUCCGUGUCUUCACAACUCGAGGCGCAAAUCCGCCAACACACAGCCCGCUACUACGCCGGCUGGCUUGUCUGCGACGACGCUGCAUGCGGUGCGCGCACGCGCCAAAUGAGCGUGUACGGCCACCGCUGCCUGGGGCCGCAGGGCCGUGGUCUUGGCUGUGCUGGUCGUAUGGGUUACGAGUAUGGUGACAAGGCCAUGUACAACCAGCUGCUGUACCUUCAGAGCUUGUUCGACGUCGACAAGGCGAAGGUGGCGAUAUCGAAGGACCGCGGUAUGGGCAAAGGCGUCGACGGUGAGAUGGAGGAGAAGGUCACCAUCUUGGCAGAGGUCAACAGAGAGAGAUUUGAAACGUGGGGGGAUGUCGUCAAGUCAUAUCUGGACCGUAACGGCCGGCAGUGGGUGCAGAUGGACAGCCUGUUCGCAUUCGCUCUCAAAGCGGCGUCGGCUUCGUAA